CGAAGAUCUGAACAGCAAAAAUGGCAACAGCAAGCAAGCUUUUUACCUUCUGUUCUCUACUAAUGGCAGCACUAUUUGCUUACUCAGCUUCUGUUCAAUUAAAUGACCCUGAUUGGUACUUUUGGUUUCCCCUCUACGCUGUUGCUUGUGUUGUAAAUCUAGUGAACUGGGCUAUCUCAUCCAAAAGAAUCAAGCAAUUUGCUGAGGCAGCACUAUGGCUUGGAAUGUUUCUUUUUAUCAAGGUUGUAGCUGAAAAUGGUACAUCUGGGUUUUGGUCAGUGGAUUUGAGUGAGAGAGUAAUCAGGGAGAAGAUAGGAAGUGGAUUAGUCAUAAUCUCUAUGGUUUUGCAGUUGAUGGCAUCAUUAUCACCACCAGAAGCUCCCACACAGAAAAUGCCAAGAUAUGUUGAAUAUGGCAUGGGAAUCCUGGUGGGGUUUGGCUAUGGACUCCCAGUUGUCUUCUUUAUGGUCCUAAAAGGUGAAAUGAAGUUCUGAAACAACAAGCAAGCAUGAAACAAAAAGGAAUCUCUCUCAUGUUGUAGCCAUUGUUUGUACCAGAAAUGAACAACAUUUUACUGUCUUGAUUAGCAGAAGGCGCCACAGACGCAUAUUAGUUGCACAAUAAUAUCGCAUGAAUUUGAAGCUCUA